AUGAAACCAUCAUUGGAAUGCGAUCCCAUCGGGCCUCUUCGACCGGCUAUGUCAUUAAUUCAUCAUCAAAUACCAGAACAACUGACCAAAUUGCCACAUGUUUCAACCCCCAACCUGGAGGGCCAGGAGACUGUGUUUGUCAAACCUCUAACCAUUGACCAACCUGUUAUGAGAGACUCUCUGUCGAAAUCCCAUUCAGGGCCUAACGAUCAUGCCACACGAAGGAAGCAAGAGAGCUGGGAUACUGCCAGGUUGUCCAAGCCUAUACAGGGGAAGUCGAUAGGCAGAGGUCGGGGUAACGAACAUUCCGGUCGAUAA